AUGACUAUUUCAUACGACGAGGAAUUCUCGUCGUUGAUGCUCCGCUGGCGGGGAUCACUUUGGAAGGCAGUGCUGAAAGAUCUCAUUGCUUUUUACAUCGGAUACUAUGUGAUUUUAGCAAUACAGUGGUAUAUGCUUGACGAGAAGCAAAAGGAAUACUUUACCGGGUGGAUUCACUGGUGCGAGAUCGGAUCACAAUACAUUCCACUAUCCUUCCUUCUCGGUUUCUUCGUCUCAGUAAUCGUUGCGAGAUGGUGGGAACAGUUCAAUUGGAUCUCUUGGCCGGACAAGAUGAUGAUGAUGGUGUCGGCGUGUCUUCCCGGCAGAGAGAAUCUCCCAAUUCGCCAAGCAAUUGCUAGGUGGUCAUCGCUUCAGGCUGCCGUAGCCUGGUCCGGUAUUUCUGUACGAACGCUCAAACGAUUUCCAACAGAGCGUCACAUGGUGGAAGCGAAACUGAUGACUGAGGAAGAAUACGACAUGUACAUGAACUGCGACGCUCCCCAUGGCAAAUGGCAAGUUUUCGUCGUUAUGGCAGCAAUGACGUUCGUGCCUAUCAUUUGGAUUGUGAAUCUGAUUAAGAAGCAGUAUGCGGCCAAGAAAAUCGACACCAUUCAGAUGGAUAUGCUAUUGAGACAGGUCUACAGUUAUCGCGACGGAUUCGCCAUGCUUUUCGUAUACGAUUGGGUGAAGAUUCCCCUCGUAUACACUCAGGUGGUCGCAAUCGCUACAUACGGUUACUUUUUCAUUUGCCUGAUCGGCCGACAACCAAAAUUGGACCAGAAGUCGAUGGAGACGGAAAUCACUAUUCUUUUCCCCAUCUUCACGACAUUCCAAAUGCUUUUCUACCUCGGAUGGUUGAAAGUAGGACAGUUUCUGAUGAAUCCAUUUGGAGAGGACGACGACGACUUUGGUAAGUGCACAGACUCGGUCUACAGUUAUCGCGACGGAUUCGCCAUGCUUUUCGUAUACGAUUGGGUGAAGAUUCCCCUCGUAUACACUCAGGUGGUCGCAAUCGCUACAUACGGUUACUUUUUCAUUUGCCUGAUCGGCCGACAACCAAAAUUGGACCAGAAAUCGAUGGAGACGGAAAUCACUAUUCUUUUCCCCAUCUUCACGACAUUCCAAAUGCUUUUCUACCUCGGAUGGUUGAAAGUAGGACAGUUUCUGAUGAAUCCAUUUGGAGAGGACGACGACGACUUUGAACUCAACUACGUACUGGAUCGCAACACAUGUAUUGCUCACAUGAUGGCCACAGAACUGGCUGACCAAUGCCCUGACAUUGGGAGCACUCCCAUGGAGAAGAACAUUCCGCACACUCGUGCAUCAUUCAAGAUUCAGGAUGUGAUACCAAAGUCACACUUGGCCUCCUUCAAACUCACUGAGAAAGAGAUGAGAUUGAUCAAGCCGGAAGACAUUGAAGAAAGCGAAAGGCUCCUAGCAGAGAAGAAGGGAAGUCGAAAUCGCCUUGGACAAAUCGUCGCCAAAGCACUGGACGAAGCGAAGAGAAACGCAAAAAGGAACGGCGAUAUUGAGGAGGUGAGCGACGACGACCAGAAGCGACUGUGA